UGGAGCACUUCUGAUCAAUCCGUGUCCACCUGCAGUUCAUGGGUUUGACUUCCCUGCUCGCUUCUGCGAGUGUCACAGAGGUGUCUGGUGAUCAGUGCUCUCUCUCAUCUCACACUCACACUCAACUAAUGGACUGCUUUGCCCCUCCCCUCAGUUUCUCCAUCUCGGACUGGGAGGUAGUGAGAGGAGGAGAGGAGGCAACAGCCCACCGUUCCCCUGGGCCCUGCUACACAGCUCAAUAGCUCAGCUCCUGGAUGGGAUCAUAGCCUUGAGUGCUGGCCAAGGGAAGAGAAGCUUCUCCUCACGUCCAGAGUUCCUGCUGCAGGGUGGAGUUUCUCCCAGGAUAACAAACACACUCGAACCCCACCAUGGCUGACCGUAAGGUGGCCCCGGUUGUGGUUAUGCUUCUCGUCCUGGUCGCACCAGCCCUGAGCGGAUGCCCAAGCGCCUGCCGCUGCUCCUUCGCUAUGCUUCAAUGUCUGGAGCUGGAUGGAAUCACCAGCAUCCCUGUGCUGGCGGCGCAAGAGAGCGAAAACGUCACUGAAAUAUACAUAGAGAGUCAAAUCAACCUGGAGAACAUCACAGAUGUAGACCUCGCCAACUACAGAGAACUGAAGAACCUGACGGUCACAUAUUGUGGGUUGCUGUAUAUCUCCGAAAAUGCCUUCCAGCAUAAUUUCAAGCUGCAGUAUGUAAAUCUGGCGUCUAAUUUACUGGUGCACAUCAGUUGGAGGGUGUUCCAAUCGGUCCCUCUGUUGAGUCUAAUCUUAAGGGACAAUCCACUCACCUGCUCAUGUGACAUUUACUGGCUUCAGCAGUGGCACAGAAAAAGACAAAGUGACACUGAUUCUCAACAAACCUGCGUCCACAAUGGCAACAGCUUUCAGCUGGAUUCAUUUGAAAUGGAUAACUGCAGUAUUCCUGAAGUCACAAUUCAUCCAUCGACACUGACCACUCAAGAAGGUGGAAAUCUGACAUUUACCUGUCUGGUGACUGGAGUACCAACACCGAUGAUCCACUGGAGAACAGAGCACCUUCAGUCCAACUGGACCCUGCAGCGAGGGAUCUGGGGAUCAAGCCUGGAGCUGAUUCUGUACAUGAGGAACGUGUCGUCUGAAGACAACCUGCAUAACCUCACCUGUGAGGCAGAAAAUCGCGCUGGAAUGGGAGAAGCUGUAGUGCAGCUGGACAUUGAAUUUCCAGUGCGGAUCUUGUUUCUGAAGGACCCAGAGCCACAACAUCACUGGUGUUUCCCAUUCGUUGUGGACAGCAAUCCUCCCGCCACCAUCAGAUGGCUGUACAACAACCUGCCUCUCGUGGAAACACGAUACACCUACACCGAACUGAUCCGAGACACGGACGAUGGCUCCAUUCAACACGGCUGUCUGUUCCUCAACAAGCCCACGCACCUCAACAAUGGCAACUACACACUCACCGUGGAGAAUAAACUGGGUAGAGACCAGGCUACAGUCUACGGGAAGUUCAUGGAAAACCCUUUUGACCCCUUUGACCCGGAGGGCAUCAUUCCUGUCCUCACCGAUGAGCCAACAGCUCCCACUAACCAAUCAACGGAGACGGAGAAACUUGAGAGCAGGGUGUUUGGGGUGUCAGUAGCAGUGGGUCUCGCUGUGUUUGCGUGCACAUUUCUGCUCAUUAUGGUUGUGGUCAUCAAUAAAUGUGGACAGCACUCCAAGUUUGGCAUCCACCGUUCAUCUGUUCUAGGCACUGAGGAUGAUUUGGCUGUAUCUCUUCGCUUCAUGAACUUCGGUGCAAGUCCUCUGUCUUCAGAUGAUGGCACGCUGGAUUCUGGCUUGUCCAGUUUUGUAGAGAACCCGCAAUACUUCUGUGGCAUCAUCAAAGAUAAAGACAUGUGUGUUCAGCACAUUAAAAGAAAAGACAUUGUUUUGAAGUGGGAACUGGGUGAAGGAGCUUUUGGCAAGGUUUACCUGGCAGAAUGUGCCAACCUCUGUCCUGAUACUGACAAGAUGCUGGUCGCUAUCAAGACCUUGAAAGUGGCCAACGAGUCCACCCGGCAGGACUUCCAGCGCGAGGCUGAGCUGCUCACGGUGCUGCAGCAUGAACACAUAGUGCGCUUCUACGGCGUGUGUACAGACGGAGAACCUCUGGCCAUGGUGUUUGAGUACAUGCGACACGGAGACCUCAACCGCUUUCUAAGGGCUCACGGUCCAGAUGCUCGUAUCCUGGAUGAGAUGAAGGUUCCUCUGAUGGGUCAGUUGACUCUUCCUCAGAUGCUCCACAUCGCAGCUCAGAUCGCCUCGGGCAUGGUGUACCUCGCUUCCCUUCAUUUCGUCCACAGAGACCUGGCCACCAGGAACUGUCUGGUCGGAGAGGGGCUGGUGGUGAAGAUCGGGGAUUUUGGGAUGUCGAGAGACAUUUACAGCACUGAUUACUACAGGGUCGGUGGGAGGACGAUGCUGCCCAUUCGCUGGAUGCCGCCAGAAAGCAUCAUGUACAGGAAGUUCACCACGGAAAGUGAUAUCUGGAGCUUUGGAGUGGUUCUUUGGGAAAUCUUCACCUACGGCAAACAACCCUGGUAUCAGCUAUCCAACAGUGAGGCCAUUGAGUGCAUCACACAGGGGCGGGAGCUUGAACGGCCACGUACCUGCCCCAAAGAAGUGCAUCUCCUCAUGCAGGGCUGCUGGCAGAGAGAACCGCAGCAGAGGCUCGUCAUUAAAGACAUCUACAACCGGCUCGUGGCCCUCGUCAAGAACCCGCCUGUCUAUCUGGACAUCCUGGAGUAACAGCACCCUGAUCGGACCUGUGUGGAAAAGACAUACUUCUGGACGCAGGCCGUUUGAGGAGGAAAAUCAGUGGUGGGUUUGAGAAGGACACAAUCCACAAACUGUCUCAGAUGCGCAGUAUGAACGUUUUCGGAGUUUGUUGUGUACGUUUUAAUCCACUGGAGGUACAUUGUGUUUAAAUAAAAAAAAAAAAAAAAAAGAAAUAAAAAAAAUAAGAGAAACGGACUGAGUAAAUGGACAGUGGAUACUUUGAAUAUGCAUUAGUGGAAAUUGCUCAUGGAUUGUCAUGACUCACCCUGAACAGACAUUUGAUUUUUUUAUAUGAGUAUACUUAUGUCCAGGUCUUGUAAUUAAAGGCCAUUAAAGGUGAAGUGUGUAAUUUUUCUCAAUCCAGUCUAAUUUGCAGACAUUGUAGGAUGAUUUUCUCAAAUAAUGUAAAAACUGUGGCUCUGUUUGUUUGAGCUACCUGCCCAGCCUGACAUAGCAACAGUCUCAACCAAUGGCGUGAGUUUGGGGGCGGAACUUUCUGUUUGUCUGACGAAUGGGGAGAGUGGAAACCUGGGCUCGAAUUACAGAAUCAUCUUGAUUCAUCAUCCUUUUCUAUCUGUUUACAGGGUCUCUGCUAAAAUUAUAGCAUUUAAGGAACAUUUACAGACUACCUUCCAAUCACAC